ACUGAAGCGUCGAAGUCACGAAGUGGAAUAAUUUUCAAAAUUUUUAAAGAAAGGAGUUGCGAUUUUAGUAUUUACAGUUUAGUUUUUACUUGCGGACGUACUCAGUAAGUUUUCUUACUCGGCAAAUUUUGAUGAAUUUUUGUGAAUUGCCUUCCAGAAACCAUUAAGAUGUUUUUGCGGUAUAUAGUCAGGUAUAUGAUGAACCAUCCAGAAUUAGUGGAAAGGUUGGCCCAGUCCAGAAUUAUAAGGAGUGCAGCGCGUAUGUCAGCGGGAUCGUUUUUGAAGUUCAAAGGAGCCAGCGAUGAUUUUAUGCAUUAUCUGUAUCGUACGGCUAACCAGAGGUUGCCGCAGCAGUUGAAGCGUGACAAUUCUACGGACAGUGCUGCCCGGAAAAGCUGGAAUGAGCAGCAGGCUGCGGAAUCCCGACCGAUGGAUUUCUCCGCAAAAGGCGACGAUCUUCUGCAGGGUAAUCGUUCUUCCUUCAAGGACGCUCCGCCUCCCCCUAAAGACCAUGAGGUCCAGCGCGGCCUUGAAGACACCAUUCGCAAAAUGAGGGAGCACAUGGAGCAGAUGAAGAGGCAGGAAAGGGGAUGAUUCUGAUGCGACUGGUGUGACGGGACACACGCUUCCCUUUAUGCGUACAGUGCAGAGUGAUCAUUGUGUGUGCACGCUUUUGGAUGGCUUUUGUCAGUUUUCCCGGAAUUUUAUCUGUACUCCUACUGUAAUUAUUAAUUCACGGAUUAUCGCCGGUUUGGGUCUUGCGGCGAUGGAUGAUCGAUCUGUUGCUGACGGGGACUGGGUGAAAAAAUUUAUAUUAUCUCUUAUUAAUUUAAAAAUACCGCUGUCGGCUGACACCGCCAUAAUGCCAUCGUAAUAUGUACGGUAUAAUUAUCGUAUAUUAUUUUAUUACUCUAUUUUAUUGAAUUAAAUGUAAGUACUGUGAAAUGUUGUUUUUGACAUGUUUUGAAAAUGUCAUCUCAUGGGGACACGGCGUCAGUUUAAGUACUGUAUAAUUUUCUGUUCAGUCUUUCGCAGUUUUCCAGAUGCGCUCGUACAAUUUUACAGUACUGAGAACUUUUAAUAGUACCGA